AGCCACCGUCAUUGAUUAUCGAAAUUCUAAUUAUUGAAAACGUAAACAGGGAACCGAUCGGGUUUAAAUAUUACACAUCCGGAGCUUCAAUUCUUCAUUCCAGUAUCGAUCGAAGACGGAAGAAUAUCACACCUCGGUAGAAAAUGUUCAAGAAAGUGUUCCUUCUCAGCGUCAUGCUUUUCGCUGUGGUCCUGGCAAUGCCAUCACCAUCACCAGAGCCGUCACCAUCUCCUCAGUUUGGAUUCGGUUUUGGAGGAUUUCCUGUGGGAGGCGUCUAUGUUGGAGCACCUUUCGUAGGAGUUGGAGUCGGAUAUGGAGGUUAUGGAGGCUAUGGAGGAUAUGGAAGAUAUUAUGGAUACGGAAGAAGAUACGGCUAUGGUCGGUAUGGAUAUUACGGUUGAAAAGUUUUAAAUUUGUUUUGUAAAUUUGAGUGUAUAUGACACGAAUGCCAUUAGAAUAGUGAUGUGAUUAUUUGAGUGUUUUUGUGAUAUGUUUGGAACGACCGGCUAAUUUUAAAGUUUUGUGUUUGAAGAAAAAUAAACUUAAACACAUAAGUAAACGACAAA